AAACAUCAAAGAUCAAACACAUGGUUUGAUUAAAAUUUGUAGGUAUUGUAUUUAUAUUUGAUUUUUUUCUAAAUUAAAGAAAAGCUUAUAAUGGAUUUCGCCAAAAAAAUGAUGAAAAAAUAUGGAUGGAAUGAAGGCGAAGGUUUGGGCAAGAACAAGAGCGGCAUAAAUAAACCAUUAAAUGCACAUUUAAAAUUCGAUACAACAGGUCUUGGAGUUGAUAAAGCAGCCGAAUUUAAUAAUCACUGGUGGCAAAGAGUUUAUAAUCAAGCAGCCAAUAAUAUUAAAGUUAAAGAAGACAUAAAUCAAAUAUCUUUACAUACUGAUAAAAAUGACCCAGUGGAGAUAUCUACUAAAAAUUAUUCAGUGAAAAAAUUAAAAGCCAAAACAAAUUCUGCAGGUUAUAAUUUCUUUUUGAAGUCAGCUACCUUAACAAACAUGGGAUGUGAGAUUGAAGACCCAAAUAAAACUGAUGCUCAAGAUUUAGAUUUACCAAAAUUUAAGACUUUAACUGACGAGGAACUUUUUGCUGCUUGUGGUGGCAGAACAGCACACAAAGGUGCGAGACAUGGAUUGAAUUUAGCAGGGAAAUUGGAAAGACUUAAAGAACAAGAGGAAAGGUUGUUAGAAAAAAUGUCAGGCAAAACUGAGAAUUUAACGAAAAUGGAGAGCGAUGAAAGUGAGUGGACCGUAGUAACUACUAAGAAAAAUAAAAAAAAUAACCAAGAUACUUAUUCUAAAAUGGUUGAAGAUGAAAACUUGAGUACACUAAAUGAAAUUUUAUAUAAAAAUGAAUACGCCAAUAAAUCCAAAAAAAAGAAGAAGAAGGAAAAAAUGAUAGACAAAAAUUUAUCGGAUAAAGUGGAAAAUAUUGAAAUUACAAAAAAAAUUAACAAAAGUAAGGAGUCUAAUGAGGGCGAUAAAAAAUUCAAGCUGUCUAAUAAUUCGAAAAAUAUUAAGAAAGAUCGUAAAAGUAAACGUAAUAAAUUUAAUUUUAAAUCUUUAGAAAAUAACAUGAGUUUUGAUAACGAAAAAAAUAUAACUGAAACAGAACAAAAUAUAUUUGAAAGAAGAGAAAAUCAAAAAGAAGUGGCAGAUGACCAAAUGAUAGAGCAUGAUUUCGAAAACCCUGUAGACAAGAAAUUAAAAGGUCUAGAAAAUAAAAAGAAUAAAAAAAUAAAAAAUGGGAAAAUUAGUAAAAUGAAAUGUAAAGAUAAAAUCAUUGCUAAAAAAUUAAAAAAAGCGACAAGAGUGUUAGAUAAUUUAGAUAGCUUUCUUAAAAACGAAAAAACUGAUAGUGAUAAUGAUUGAAUAAAGAAAUAAAUGAUUUUAUAGUUUUUCAUGGAUAAUCAAUAUAAUAAUUCAUUAUAUUUUUUAAAUCCUAGAAUAAAAGAUAUUUUCACAUA